AUUUUCCUCCACCACGGUCCUCUUGAAUAUACUAACACAAAUGCUCAUAUUGUCACCGUCACACUACAACGAAAUAAUGAUGGUGUCUCUCAUCAUGUUUCUCCUAUCUGUCGCUUCACAAACCUUGACUGUGAAUGCGGCCUUGAGUUCAGAGACCGAUAAAAUUGCUUUGCUUGCUUUGAAGGACAAGCUUACCAAUGGCGAUCCGCAUGCUUUGCCAUCAUGGAAUGAGUCUCUCCAUUUCUGCGCAUGGGAGGGUAUUACAUGCAGUCGUCGCCACAUGAGAGUCUCAGCCUUACAACUUCAAAAUCAAGACUGGGGUGGUACUCUUGCGCCAUCCUUGGGAAAUCUGACGUUCCUAAGGCUGAUCAAUCUUACCAACAUCAACUUGCAUGGUGAGAUUCCAAGAGAAGUUGGUUAUUUAAAGAGGCUGCAGAUUCUUGACUUGGGGCACAAUAAUCUUCAUGGUCAUAUUCCUAUGCAGAUGAUAAAUUGUUCAAGCCUUCAAGUAUUUCUAUUGCGGUUCAAUAAUCUAACUGGCAAAAUUCCUUCAUGGUUUGGUUCUAUGAUGCAACUCACUCAGCUGGCGCUUGCAGUCAACAAUUUUGUUGGUAGUAUACCACCUUCAUUGGGAAAUCUCUCAUCUCUUGAGAAGUUGUCACUUUCAUACAAUCAAUUGGAAGGAAGCAUAACUCCAACUUUGGGUAGGUUGUCAACUUUGAAAUUUUUGGGUUUGGGUGUAAAUAAUUUUUCUGGUCAAGUCCCUCCUUCACUUUACAACCUUUCAAAUAUUCAACUUCUUGAAUUUGUGGACAACCAGUUAGUGGGUACUCUUCUCUCAAAUUUACCUAUGGCUUUUCCCAAUCUUGAGCUACUUAUUUGUGGAGGGAACCGAUUCACCGGUACUUUUCCAUCUUCAAUAUCCAACCUUUCUGAACUGCAACAAUUUGAUAUCUCAGAAAAUGAUUUUCAUGGACCGAUUUCUCCUACCAUAGGAAGUUUACGCAAACUCCAGAUAUUUAAUGUUGGACAGAAUAGAUUCGGGAAUGGAAGAGCUCAUGAUUUGGAUUUCCUUUUCUCAUUGGCUAAUUGUACUCAAUUGCAGAGACUAGCCUUUUAUGACAAUAAUUUAGGUGGAGUAUUGCCAGAUAUCAUAGGUAACUUAUCAACCAAUCUCGUUUUGCUUGAUAUGGGGUUGAAUCAAAUAUCAGGAAGGAUAUCAGAAGAAAUUGGAAAACUAAUCAACCUAAGAACACUUGGUAUGGAUGAAAAUUCCUUUGAGGGAACAAUUCCAGAUUCAAUGGGAAAGCUAAAAAAUCUGGGAGCGUUGUGGUUGCGUGGAAAUAAGUUCUAUGGCAACAUCCCUCUUGUCAUUGGUAACCUUACUAUGUUGUCUCAAGUUUAUCUCGACUCAAAUAAAUUUGAAGGAUUCAUUCCUUUUACACUUGGAAACUGCACCAAGAUGGAGAAAUUUUACGCUCAUGAAAAUAACUUAAGAGGUGAUAUACCCAAUCAAACAUUCGGCUAUCAACAAGGUUUAGUAGAGCUGUCCCUAUACUCCAACUCGUUUACUGGCCACAUUCCUUCUGAGCUUGGUAACUUGAUCCAUCUUUCCCUCUUGUAUUUGCAAGAAAACAUGUUGAUUGGUGAGAUUCCCAUGGAACUUAGUGCUUGCUCUGCUUUAACAGUGCUCGUACUAGAAAGAAACUCGUUCCAUGGAAGUGUACCUUCAUUCUUGGGAUCUCUACUAUCCCUUGAAGUCUUGGACCUUUCUAGUAACAAUUUUUCAAGCACAAUCCCGCAUGAACUUGUGAAUCUCACGUUGCUGAAGACUUUGAACUUAUCUUUCAACCAUCUCUAUGGUGAAGUCCCGGUAGGAGGAGUAUUUUAUAAUGUCACAGCAAUAUCACUCGUUGGAAAUAAAAAUCUUUGCGGUGGGAUACCUCAAUUGAAUCUUUCUGCAUGCCCUAUGUUGCCCUCACAGAAGAAACACAAGAGAUCACUUAAAAAGAGAGUCAUCCUCUUCAUUGCAUUUGGAGGAAUUCUAAUCUCUUGUGUGGCUUUUAUAAGUAUAUAUCUUGUCAAGAAAAAGGCAAAAAAGUUAGCCACUACUUCUCUAGCUUUGCAAUAUGGUUAUGUGAAGGUUUCCUAUGGAGAGUUACAUCAAGCAACCAAUGGAUUUUCUUCAUCCAAUUUAGUUGGCACAGGAAGAUUUGGGACUGUGUAUAGAGGAAUCCUCGUCCAUUUUGAGAGACCUGUUGCUGUAAAAGUGUUGAAGCUCCAAACACAUGGGGCAUCGAAGAGUUUCAUGGCCGAAUGCAAAGCUUUAGGAAAAAUCAAGCACAGAAACCUUGUCAACAUAUUGACUUGUUGUUCAAGUGUUGAUUACAAAGGGGAUGAUUUCAAGGCCAUAGUGUUUGAGUUCAUGUCUAAUGGGAGUUUAGAAAGCUUGUUGCACAACACCAUUGAAGAUAGUGAGUCCACAAAUCUGAGUCUCAACCUGAUGCAAAGAGUAAAUAUUGCUCUUGAUGUAGCUUUUGCAUUGGAUUAUCUUCACAAUGAUUUAGAAGAAGCUGUAGUUCAUUGUGAUAUUAAGCCAAGCAAUGUUGUUCUUGAUGAUGAAGUUGUUGCUCACUUGGCAGACUUUGGAUUAGCUAGGCUCGUUCAUGGUGUUGCAGGCCGUUCUAGCAGUGAUAAUCAAGCUACUUCCUCUGCAAUUAAGGGAACCAUUGGAUAUAUUCCACCAGAGUAUGGAGCAGGAUCUCCAGUAUCACCAGAAGGAGAUAUGUAUAGUUAUGGAAUUCUUCUUUUGGAGAUGAUCACUGGAAAGAAGCCAACUGAUAGCAUGUUUGGUGAAGGUCUAAGCCUACCCAAUUUCUGUAACAUGGUAACUCUAGAUGGAAUCGCUGAGAUUGUUGAUUCAAGAUUGCUCAUUCCAAUUGAUCAACAAGAAAGAAGAAGGGUUACACAGCAGCAAAAUAUGGAAGACAUCAUUCAAGAGUGUCUUGUGUCCUUUGCUAGUAUUGGAGUUGCAUGUUCUCAAGAGUUUCCAAAUCAGCGAAUGAGCAUAAAAGAUGUCAUAACUGAAUUGCAUGCAAUCAAACAAAAGCUAUCAUGCUAAUAACUGCCGUUGUCAAUUAUGAUGACAACUCGCUGCACUAUACAUUUCAAUUUCUGUGAUUUUAUGUUCUCUAUUAGUGUGAUUUUUAAUGUGCUUUAAUUGUUCCUGCUAGUAUAUGUGUUAUGUAAAAUUUAAGUUUAUGCGCACUGUCCUCUGUAUUAGUGUGUCG